AUGCGCAAGUCACAUGUUGGUUAUCACUUACCACACUGCCUGUUGGUUACCUUCGCGGUAAUUCCGAAAGCGUAAUAAUGAAGGAUGACGAUUACUCGGUGCUCUCACAGAAACUUGGCGGAGGACCGAUGGGACUGGGUGAUCCUAAUGACAGGACCUUAAGAAAGGUAGAGAAAGAUGUGUUGGUACCCAAAUUGAUGCGAGAGAAAACCAAGGCAGAAAAAUGUGUCAAUGAAGUUAAAGAAUUUCACGAGUGUUGUCUCAACACAGGAGUGUUGAAUGUUGUGAAAUGUAGACAAGAGAAUGACAAGAUGAAGGCAUGCAUGGAGAAAUGGUACUACAAUGAGGACUUUAUCAAAGAAUGUACAGACCAAUAUCUGAAUGAGAGAAGUGAAUUUAGAAAAACUGGGAUAUCUAUAAAGCAAAAAAGUACUCGAAUGCAAUCGGCAUCUAUGUAAAUAUAAAUAAAGAUAAGACGGAUAGGA